GCAGCUGUUGAUCCAAGGUGGGACGGUCACUCUGCAGACUGUUCUCCCGAGGCUGUGACGAACCAACGACACAUCUGACAGGUUCCUUCUUCAGUUUGAGACUCCUCAUUGUAAUCUGCCUAAUGCCUGUCUCUUUGGAUUCAGGUUUACAGCUAAUGAAUGGAUCCAAAUGGAUUCGUUUAAUGAGUUUCCAUGACUACAGAAGGAAGGAGACCAGGGUUCCCUCCAAGUUCAGGAGAACACCCAUGAUGCUGCCUCAGCACCUGAAGCAAAUCAGAGUCUUCAUGCUUAACGAAAAGGAGAAUUUAGAGAGAACUUUGUUCAGACUUGAACAAGGUUUUGAGCUCCAGUUCCGCCUUGGUCCAAGCCUUCAAGGAAGGAGAGUUAUAGUUCACACCAACUACCCACUUGAUGGACAGAAGUUCAUUCGAAACAACUUUCGUGUUUUAGCCUGGAACUACCCAACAGGAAGGGAGGAUGACUCUGAUAAGUACUGCUCCCUAGAGCUCAAGAUUGCUGGAUCCUACCAGUACUACUUUGGAUAUGCAGGUGUGGAGAGGUUAGGAGGAGGCUACAUUGUCGUUGAUCCUAUUCUUCGUGUUGGAGCAGACAACCAUGUCCUCCUGCUGGACUGUGUCACCAUCCAGACGUACUUGUCCAAAUGUCUGGGACGCUUUGAUGACUGGCCAGACAGACUGCGAGUAGCCAAGGAGUCAGGUUACAACAUGAUCCACUUCACUCCUCUGCAGACUUUGGGAGAGUCUAGGUCCUGUUACUCCUUAGCUGACCAGCUGACCUUUAACCCGGAGUUCAGUCCAGAGGGCAAGUGUUGCACCUGGGAAGAUGUGGGAAGACUGGUGGAAAAACUGAGGACGGAAUGGAAUAUGGUAUCAAUCACUGAUGUGGUGUAUAAUCACACUGCUGCAAACAGUGUGUGGAUAAAGGAACAUCCAGAGUGUGGCUAUAACCUGAUGAACUCUCCUCACCUGCGUCCUGCCUGGGUCUUGGACAGAGCUAUCUGGCAUUUAACCACUAGGGUAGCAGAUGGACGCUACAAAGAGAAGGGACUUCCUUCUGACAUUACCAACGAGAGCCACCUAAAUGCUCUCCGCAGGGUGUUUUGGGAGGACAUUUUUCCUCAAAUCAAACUUUGGGAGUUCUACCAGGUCAAUGUGGAAAAUGCUGUGGAGCAGUUCAGAAUCCUGCUGCAAAAUGGCACAAAGCCAGAUCACAGCAAGACUGAAGGAAAUAAAGGCUUAGAAAUCAUUCAAGACCUCCAGUACUGUCGCUAUGGCAACAGAGUGAACAUGGACUCAGCUUUGAAGACAUUUGUACCUCACAGCUCCUCUCCACAGCACGUAGAAGAGUGCUGUGCUUGGCUGAAACAGAAGUUGACUGAGAUGAAUGAAGAACAGUACCACAUCAUACACCAGCACCAGGAACAGGCAGUCAACUGCGUUGUGGGGAACAUAGUGUAUGAACGUCUAGCUGACCACGGUCCUAAACUGGGUCCUGUUACCAGGAAAGAUCCUCUUGUCACCAGGUAUUUCACCUUCCCCUUUGAGGAAAUGACUUUGGAGCAGGAGAUGGAGUUUUUAAACCAACCAGAUAAGAUGUGCCACUUCUUGGCUCACAACGGCUGGGUGAUGGGUGAUGAUCCUCUGCGCAACUUCGCUGAACCAGGAUCCAAUGUGUACCUGCGUCGGGAACUGAUCUGCUGGGGAGACAGUGUCAAACUCCGCUAUGGGAAAGGACCUGAGGAUUGCCCCUACCUCUGGGAUCACAUGCAGAAAUACACUGAAAUCACUGCCAAAUAUUUCCAUGGAGUCCGAUUGGACAACUGCCACUCUACGCCCUUGCAUGUUGCUGAGUUCAUGUUAGAUGCAGCCAGAGAGGUCAGACCCAACCUGUAUGUAAUAGCUGAGCUCUUUACAGGCAGUGAACUCAUAGACAAUCUGUUUGUUAACCGACUGGGAAUCAACAGCCUCAUAAGAGAGGCCAUGUCUGCUGGAGACAGCCAUGAAGAGGGCCGGCUGGUCUACCGUUAUGGUGGAGAGCCGGUCGGAGCCUUUGUUCAGCCCAGCCUGCGUCCUCUCAUGCCUGCUAUCGCUCACGCCAUGUUCUUGGAUGUGACCCAUGACAACGAGUGUCCCAUUCAGCUGCGGUCAGCUUUUGACUCAUUGCCCAGUUCUGCUAUCGUCUCCAUGGCCUGCUGUGCUACUGGCUCCACCAGAGGAUACGAUGAGAUGGUCCCACAUCAGAUAUCUGUGGUGAAGGAGGAGCGUUUUUAUCCCAAGUGGAAUCCUGCUUCAGCUCCCACCUCUGCUGGUGAAGUUAGCUUUCAGAGUGGUAUCAUUGCUGGGAAACUGGCUCUGAACAAGCUGCACCAGGAGCUGGCUGCCCAGGGCUUUUCACAGGUGUAUGUGGACCAGGUUGAUGCAGAUAUUGUUGCAGUUACUCGUCAUUGCCCCAGCACACAUCAGUCUGUGGUAACAGUGAGUAGGACAGCCUUCAAGAACCCCAAAACCCAUCAGUACAACAACAAUGUCCCACCUAUGUUCAUACCUGGCAAGAUUGAGGAAAUUGUACUGGAGGCAAGGACAGUGGAGAGAGAGGCUGGGAGUUACAAGAAAGAUGAGAAAUACAUCAACGGCAUGCCAGAAUACACAGUGGAAAUAAAAGAGCAUAUACCGAUGGAGGAGAGUGCAGUGGUGAAACCUGCUGGGGUGACCUCUAAAGGCCGCUCAGAGUUUGUGCAAGAAAUUCAGUUCCAGAAAUUGACCCCUGGUAGCAUCAUUGCCUUCAGAGUCAGUUUGGAUCCCAAAGCACAGAAGCUGGUGGGCGUGUUGAGGUUUUAUCUGUCUCAGUUCAGUCCAAAGUAUAGGAGGGGCAGUGUACCUGAUGAGAACCCACCAGAGGUGCUGCAGAAACCCCUUACGCAGUUAAUGUCUAAGCUGACACUAGCCGACAUGAACAUCUUGCUGUUUCGCUGCGAAGCAGAAGAACAAGAGGACGGUGGAGGCUGUUAUAGCAUCCCAGGCUGGGAAGGCCUGAAGUAUUCAGGACUACAAGGUCUGAUGUCUGUUUUGGCAGAUAUCCGUCCCACUAAUGACCUUGGCCAUCCUCUGUGUGCUAACCUCAGAGAAGGAGACUGGCUCAUAGACUUUGUCUCCAACAGGCUGAAGCACAGAGAUGGACCUCUGGCACAGGUGGGUCAGUGGUUGGGUGCCAUGUUUGACUACCUCAGGCACUUUCCUCGAUACCUCAUCCCUUGUUACUUUGACGCCAUCUUGGUGUCAACCUACACCACAGCUCUGGAUGCCACAUUCAAACUCAUGUCAAGCUUCAUUGAGAGAGGUUCCACAUUUGUCCGUCACCUGGCUCUCGGCUCGGUUCAGAUGUGUGGAGUUGGACGUUUCCCGGCUCUGCCUCCCAUUUCAACAAAAGUGCAGGAUGUCCCAUACCGCAUCAGCCCCAUCACUCAGGAAAAGGAGCAGUGCUGUGUCUCACUGGCAGCAGGUCUUCCUCAUUUUUCUGCUGGGAUUUUCCGUUGUUGGGGUAGAGAUACUUUCAUCGCUCUCAGAGGACUCAUGCUUAUAACAGGGAGACACACUGAGGCACGCAACAUCAUCCUGGCUUUUGCUGGAACCCUGCGUCACGGUUUGAUCCCCAACUUGCUGGGAGAGGGUCGCAAUGCCAGAUACAACUGCAGGGAUGCUGUGUGGUGGUGGCUGCAGUGCAUUCAGGACUAUACCAAUCUCGUUCCUGAGGGACAUGAAAUUCUGCGUUGCCCCGUCACCCGCAUGUACCCCACAGAUGACUGUGAGCCCUGCAAACCAGGGGAGGUGGAGCAGCCGUUGUAUGAUGUCAUCCAGGAGGCACUGCAGCGCCAUCUGGAGGGUAUUUCCUUCAGAGAGAGGAAUGCUGGACCCAAGAUAGACAGGAACAUGAGAGAUGAAGGGUUCAACGUGGUUGCUAAAGUGGACCCAGCAACAGGUUUUGUUACCGGAGGAAACCGCUUCAACUGUGGCACUUGGAUGGAUAAGAUGGGGGAGAGUGACAGAGCGAGGAACAAGGGGAUGCCUGCAACUCCAAGAGACGGCGCGGCGGUGGAGAUAGUUGGUCUGAGUAAAUCAGCAGUUCGUUGGCUUGUGGAACUGCGCUCUAAAGAACUGUUCCCCUAUGAUGGAGUUAAGGUGCACAGAGAUGGAACGGACCUGUUCAUCUUGUACACUGAGUGGAAUAACCAACUUCAGCAGUCCUUUGAAGUUGAAUUCUGGGUUUCUGGGGACCCACAGGACCCCAAUGAGAAGCACCCUGAUUUGGUGCAUAAAAAGGGAAUUUAUAAAGAUAGUUGUGGAGCUUCCAGUCCCUGGUGUGACUACCAGCUGAGGCCCAACUUCACUAUUGCAAUGGUGGUGGCUCCAGAGCUGUUCACAUUAGAAAGAGCAUGGAAGGCUUUGGAAAUAGCUGAGAAGAAACUCCUGGGACCACUGGGAAUGAAAACGCUUGACCCAGAUGACAUGGUAUAUUGUGGUGUUUACGACAAUGCACUGGACAACGACAACUACAACCUGGCCAAGGGCUUUAACUACCACCAAGGACCUGAGUGGCUGUGGCCUGUUGGCUAUUUUCUCCGUGCAAAGCUCUACUUUGCUAAGAAGUUAGGGGAGGAGACCUACUCCAAGACCGUCAUCCUAGUGAAAAAUGUUCUGUCUCGACAUUACACCCAUUUGGAGAGGUCUCCUUGGAAAGGCUUACCCGAGCUGACCAAUGAGAAUGGCCAGUAUUGCCCCUUCAGCUGUGAGACUCAGGCCUGGUCUCUGGCUACUGUGCUGGAGGUGCUCCAUGAUCUGUAGAGAUCCCAUGAAGCUGUGAGCCACUCCCCUCCUCUGACUCAUUUUCUGUCAUCACAAAACGUUCUUGUAGUAUCCCUAAAGAAUCCAAGGAUCAAUGACAUUGUCGGUUAAGUUUUCCAGAACAAGUAUUGUUAGGUAACCAGGUUAUUAUAUCAAAGCAUUUUAGGUUAAAGCCCUUUUUCUCUCUCUAUGGCCCUGUUUAAGGAAUCAACAAAAUGCCAUUUUGAUCCAGCUGAUCUCAACAUUUUAAAAAGUUUUCACUGGUUGACACAUUAAUAAAAAUUUGGACAGAGAUAAUACUGGAAAGCACCAGGGCUGUGUUGUACACAUACAGUUCAGACCAACACACACUAGACCAGCUGAUUAUUACUAGGCUUAAUUUAAUGAGGACUCAGGACCCAACAAAAAGGAACCAUUUUGGUUCCUUUUGAGGACCUGUACAUGUUCCUCAAAAGGAACAGUGUUCUAAGCUAUACUUAGCUGUACCUAGCAGUAGCUCUUCCGUUUUAGGACCUGGACUUGUUCCUAGAAAGAAACAGUGUUCCUAGCUGUACCUAGCUGUACCUAGCUAUACCUAGCUGUACCUAGCUGUACCUAGCUAUACCUAGCUGUACCUAGCUGUACCUAGCAGUAGCUCUUCCGUUUUAGGACCUGGACUUGUUCCUAGAAAGGAACAGUGUUUCUAGCUGUACCUAGCUGUACCUAGCUAUACCUAGCUGUACCUAGCUGUACCUAGCUGUACCUAGCUAUACCUAGCUGUACCUAGCUGUACCUAGCUAUACCUAGCUGUACCUAGCUGUACCUAGCAGUAGCUCUUCUGUUUUAGGACCUGGACUUCUUCCUAGAAAGGAACAGUGUUCCUAGCUGUACCUAGCAGUAGCUCUUCCGUUUUAGGACCUGGACUUGUUCCUAAAAAGGAACAGUGUUCCUUGUGUUCCUAACUUCAAUGAAUGUUGUUUACUCCUGAAUUCUUACUUUUGCUAUAUGUUCAGGAUGUUUCAUUGGACCGUGAUGGUUCUGACCUGAGACCUCCAUCAGAUCAGGUCAGCUGUUUGUGACUAAACACUGUGGAACUGGCUACUAUCUGCUAAUAAAGGAUCUAGAAUUAUCUUAAGUCUUCUAAUCUGGUAUGGAAGCUGUACUUUUUGUCUAAUUUCUGGUGUAUUUUAGGAAAAUAAUUUGAACAAAUUAAGUUGAAUUCAAACGUAAAUAGCCUGAGUAUAAAGAAAUCUAUACUUACUACCUGUUGUUUUCUGCCUUCAUGUUUUAUGAGAACUGUGAUUCUAUUGUUGAAUGUCCCAAUGGAGCUAGCUCAUGUUCUCUCCAUGUUCUUCCACACUGAGACGUUUUAAAAGGCUAAACUGUUGUGAUGUUAACAUGUCAGUACAUUUACACACUCUUCUGCUGUUGUGUGUCCACAUGCAGUGUCUAUUUCAUGUAGUUGUGUAGUACAUAUAACUUUUCUCUAAGUGACACAUUUAAACCACACUUGAUCUUAGACUACAUUCAAGGCUUUCUAUGGAGAACUGCUAGAUGAUAUUGAUGUAUACUACUGUUGCAUACAUCUGGUUGCUCAGUGUUGUUAACUGUAAACUAGAUAGACACAUGCUGAAUAAACUGUUACAAGAUUAAAAUGUGUGUAUUGAUAAUUACAGAUGGCUUUUUAAAUAUCUGACCUGCUGAAAGAAGGCAAAAGUCAAAGGUAGUGAUGGCCAAAUGAAGCCUCAUGAAGCAAUGAAGCUUCCCAGCCCUUUGCUUUGCCCAAAGGUUCAUGACUCACUAGUGACAUCUGCUGCUGAAACUGUGGCAGCCUUGUCACUCAGAUAGACAAACUUCAAAACAUUAGUAAAUGCAGUAUUUAACUGUAAUAUUGUUUAGUUAUUAAAAUGAUUUGUAGCCAAACUAAUCCUGGUAUAUGUUGGCCGUUGGUGGCUGUUUUCUUUCAUGUCACAGACAGAUUUGACAAUAAAGACAUUUGUUUUAUUGGGAGUGCAAUGCUUGUUGGGCCGUUCAGUAUUCUUAGUUUUGAUUUGCCUCCUGAAAAACUGAAAUUCUUCA